AUGGCUACUUUCAUUAUCCCAAUAACAAAGGAUCAAUACACCUCUAUAGCCAAAUUAUGCAUUCCUUUGAUUAUCAUUUCUCUCAUUGCUACCUUUAUCUUAUUUGUGAUAUUUAUCCUUAUACGAAUAUACUAUCCUAAUCUUGCUGAUCGAGUUUCAUUUCGUUUAACUUUUGCGGCUUUAUUCUGUGAUAUAGGUUAUUCUAGUCAUCUUUUUUUUGGAUUGUUUUAUGAUGGCACUCCCAAACUCUCUGAUUUUUCGUGUGCAUAUGCGACUUGGGCAAUCAUAUUUUUUGGUCUUUCUUCUCUAUUCUUUAUCGUUUGUAUAGUUUUGAACCUUCAUAUAGUAUUCGUAAACGAAUAUAGAAUUCGUUAUAAUUAUGAGAAAUAUUAUUUUAUAUUUUCAUUUUUUUCGGCCCUUUUAAUUUCUCUUCUUCCUAUUGCUAAUGAUAUGUAUGGUUAUGAUGAUCCUGAAGAAAGUUGUUGGUAUCGUGAUUCGGGCCAAGAAUAUAAUAUAAUAUGGCAAUGGAUUACUUUAUUCGCUUGGGUAGUUGUGUCUAUAUUAUAUUGUACGAUUGUUGUCAUUAUGGUCAUUGGAAAACUUAGCUCCGCGACAAAAAAAGUCGAUAAUUUUGAUUCUUCUCAGUUGUCUUAUUGUCCUACCUUAAUUAACAAGGCUUUGAUUUCUUCUGUUGUCAGAAGGGUUAUGUGGUAUCCUGUGGUGCCAUUGGUAACUCAAUUUUUUAAUUCUUUCGUUGAAACUUACGCUUACGUUCAUAGUGCGGUCCCUUAUCUUCUAUUAUUGCUUUGUGACAUUGGCUUAUCACUUCAAGGAUUAUUGAAUGUGUUUGUAUUUUCUCAAGAUGUUGCUGUUACUCGUGCUUUCGAGGAUGUCAAAGUAUAUUGGUGGAUCACCAAUGUUAACUCUUAUGAGUCACACUAUCCUCAUCGAUCUCACAACAAAGCCAUUACUGAUGAAUUCAACAUGAUAAUAGAAUCAAAUGAUUUUGUUGAAUUGAAAUCUCUAAAUCGCAAUAAGGCUGACGUUAUUACAAGUGAAUGGUUAAGAUACAUGUUAUUUAUUAAACUUUUCUCGGCACCAAAAAUUCCUUCUUAUUUAAUUUCGCCUAAACUUUUAUCACCAAUCGAUUCUUUCGCUGGAAAUAAACAAAAUACCUUUUCUGCUCUCUCUGGAAAGGACGAUUCAAAGCAGGAUAUAACUCUUGACAAUCAAAAUGAUGAUCAAAACAUUCAUUUAAUUCUUCCUGAACCUACUCAUUUAAAAGAUUCUUUCCAAUCCUCUCCGUUAGAUUUGUUAUCUAAUUGUUUAAACUCAUCAACCUUAUCUGAUCCAUUGAUAGGUAGUUCUAAUAAUACAAAUAAUAUACGUGCCCCACUUAAUUCUACUACCACAAAUGUAAUAGAUAGAUCAAAUUUUUCGGUUGGUGAUGAUGAAGAACAGGCUAAUGUUAUGCUCAUUAAUGGUGAACCAACAGAUUUAUCUCAAGAAAAUGAAACGUUUAAACUGAUGUUAAAAAGACUAUAG